AGAACUCGUGACACUUGCGACCAGGAAGGUUAUCAUCUCCACUGUAAUUCUAAAUUUUGCACAAUGGUAAAGCUUACUGGACUCUCUGUCCGUGACAUACGCUUUCCAACAUCUUUGGAACUGCAUGGCUCAGAUGCUAUGCACAAGUCACCUGAUUACUCAGCAGUGUAUAUUGUCUUCGAAACAGAUGGACUGGAUAAUAUUGAAGGGCAUGGCCUUACCUUCACUUUGGGACGAGGCAAUGAACUAGUGAUGGAAGCAGUGAAAACAUAUGGCAAAAUGCUCAUUGACAGGACAACUGAUGAAAUCUUUGGUAACUUUGCCUCAGUUUGGAGAGAACUGGCUCAUGAAAGUCAGUUUAGAUGGCUUGGUCCAGAAAAAGGUGUGAUACAUCUUGCACUGGCUGCAGUUGUAAAUGCAUUGUGGGAUCUCUGGGCAAAGAUGGAGGGCAAGCCUCUUUGGAAACUUCUUUCAGAUAUGUCUCCAGAACAGCUUGUUUCAACAAUUGACCUAAGUUACCUGUCAGAUGUGUUAACAAAAGAGGAAGCCAUUGCUAUUCUUCAGAAGAAUGUAAGUGGCAAAAAGGAAAGAGAACAAGAGAUCAUUGCUAAGGGAUAUCCUUCUUACACAACAUCUGCUGGGUGGCUUGGCUAUACUGACACUCAGCUACGUGAACUGUGUCAAAAAUAUCUCAAGGCUGGCUGGACAAGAUUCAAGAUGAAAAUUGGUUCUGAUAUAAAUGAAGACAUCAGAAGAGCAACAAUAUUCCGAGAUGAGAUUGGAUGGGAUAACUUUCUGGCAAUGGAUGCAAACCAGUGUUGGGAUGUUGGGGAGGCUGUUAGUUAUAUGACAAAAUUGGCAAAAUUUAAACCAGUGUGGAUUGAGGAACCCACAUCACCUGAUGAUGUUUUAGGUCAUGCUGCAAUUUCCAAAGCACUGGAACCUUAUGGCAUAGGUGUGGCCACAGGGGAACACUGUCAGAACAGAGUUAUCUUCAAACAGUUUUUUCAAGCGAAGGGUUUCCAGUUCUGCCAGAUUGACAGCUGUCGGAUGGGUGGAUUAAAUGAAGUUUUGGCAGUCUUACUAAUGGCAGCUAAAUUUGGAGUUCCUGUUUGUCCUCAUGGUGGUGGUGUUGGUCUGUGUGAAUACAUUCAACAUAUUUCAAUUUUUGAUUUUAUCUGUGUUUCCACAACUUUAGAAAACAGGGUAACAGAGUUUGCUGAUCACCUUCAUGAGCAUUUUAUUCAUCCCUGUGUUGUAGAGAGUGGAGCUUACAAAGUGCCUAUGUCUCCAGGGUAUAGUGCUGAAAUGAAGACAGAAUCUCUACAUGGCUAUGAGUUUCCCAAUGGUUCUAAAUGGAAAGAGCUUAUAAGCCAGGGGCUCUUCAAAGUUGAAUGAAAAUGUUUCAGA